AUGGCUUCGAGCUUGCAGACUCCGCGCCGCACGAACAUCCGCCCGUCGCUGGCGAGGCCUGGCAUCAACACCGCCUCGACGCCGCACCUCACCGCCGCCGCACGCACUGCUCUCGAUCGCAAAGCCUCGCUCAACGCGCUGACGGGUUCUCCUGCCGCGCGCACGCCUGGCGGAAAUGGCGCCGGCGGAGAUGGCCGCCCGCUCGCUGUUGGCGACGAGGUCGACGUGCCUGGCGGAAUGUAUGGUGUUGUGAAGUUCGUUGGCGGUGUGAGCGGAAAGAAGGGAACCUUUGUUGGCGUCGAGUUGGCGAGGGAGUACGCAGCCCGUGGAAAGAAUGACGGCGACGUCGAUGGAACGCAUUAUUUCCACACGUCCGUUCCUGGUGCCGGAAUUUUCCUUCCUCUCCACCGUGCCUCGAAGCGCGCAUCCAUCGCCGACAGCUCUGAGAGCUAUCCCGCAACGCCAAGCACACCGGGUGGCUAUGGAGCAACCUUCAACGGCGACGGUGGUAGCUCUCCUACACCGCCGAUGCCAAAGUUCUCCCAGUCUGUAGGCCCAGGAGGUCGCACGAUCAAGCCUUCGCUAUCACGGCCUGAAUCUCCGGUCAAGAACAAGCCAAAUCUAGCGCCUAAGAUGCCCACCCCUGGAAGAAAUACGUCGAUGCAACAAAGCGGAUUCUCCAAAAGCGGGAUGGGCACACCUCGCGGUGUCACCCCAAGCCCUAUGCCCAACCGGACCAUUGGUUCACGGACUCCCCAGCCUCCCAAAUCACCUUCUCGGGCCAGCUCCAGGAUGGACGAAGACCACGACCUUGCUUCUGUUUCUGCGCUGAGUGAAGCGGAUAGAUCCGUUUCAGCUGUAAUGUCAAACCGCGGCGCUGAUGAGGAAGUCAUGAGGCUGCAGAGAGCGCUUGCGGAACGCGACAAGCAACUGUUGGAACAGGCACACAGUCUCGCAGAGAUGGAGUCCAGUCUGCAAGAGAUCCAGAGUCUGCUCCCCACAGAUGGAUCGGAAAUGUCGAGAUCAUCUCAAGGUGGCGAGAUGGAUGCAGACGCUGCACACCUCCGCGCAUUAUUGCGGGAAAAGAAUGAGAAGAUCUCAAUGCUGACGGCAGAAUUCGAUAUGCACCGAGCUGACUUCCGCAGCACAAUAGAUACCUUGGAGAUGGCCUCGUCUGAAACGCAGCGCGUUUACGAGCAACGAAUUGAUGACCUGAUGGCUGAGAUCCGCGAAUUGCAGGAACAAACCGAGGAUGUUGAGAGCGUGGCCGAACAACUCAAGCAAUUAGAAGAGCUCGUCCAGGAAUUGGAAGAGGGCCUUGAAGACGCUCGUCGCGGGGAGGCCGAAGCCCGCGGAGAAGUCGAGUUCCUGCGCGGAGAGGUCGAGCGUGGACGGAGCGAACUGCGGCGGGAGAGGGAGAAGGCCGCUCAGGCGCUCAAGGAAGCCCAGGCCCUCGACUCCGGUAACUCCUCGCGAGAAGUGGAGCAACGAGACGACGAGAUCCGUGGCCUCAAAGCCAUCAUCCACUCCCUCAGCGCUGGCGGUGACAUGCAGAGCCCUAAGCUGGACAAGAGGAGCUCGCUCAACGGACCCAGUGAGGCUGAGAUGACAGAGUUAAGAGCCUCUGUAGAGCGGUUGGAGCGCGAGAAGGAGGAGCUCCGUGGUCUCAUCGAACGCAAGUCCUUCCGUGAAGAGGAGCUGGAGCGAGAACUCGAGCACCUGCGUACUGCUGCAGCACUCAGCGGCGGCGAGCCUGCUCGCGACAGCGUCAUCAGCAACAAGACCAACGAACAUCCUACUCCUCGAGACUCUAAGAGCACAGUCGUCAGCUGGCGUGGCUACCAGAAGCAACAGCAGCACGAGCGCAAUGGCUCGGAGGCCAAGAAGCUCACUCCCAUGGCCGAAGCCGAGAACGACGGCCGCAGCUCCAGCGCCGGCGUCAGCGAGCUGUGGUGCGAAAUCUGCGAGACGGGCGGUCACGACAUCCUCAACUGCACCAACGACCUCGGUGGCGCAGCGGCAGGAAAGAAGGGCGGCAACUCUAUCAACCAGCACCACCACGAGCUCCAUCUGACUGGCGACUCGGAAGACACGGAUAUCGCGAGCUCCGUCGCCGACGACAUCAUUCAGAACAUGGAAAAGAUGUCACUCAGCAGGUCCAACGACAGUGGUCUCGCCCCGCUCUCGUCCCUCGGCAGCCCGAGCCCGGCGCCCAAGGCCGCCGCUCCCCCGCCCGCUGCCGCCCCCACUUCCGCGCCCGCCUUGCCUAACCCCUACGAGGAAGGUCUUGUUGCGGGCAAGGGCCAGGCGGUCGACGCGGAUAAGUGGUGCGCAUUGUGCGAGCGGGACGGACACGAUGCCACUGCCUGUCCGUUUGAGGAUAUGUUGUAG